AUGUUCACCUCGUUGUCUCUAUUAAUAGUGUGUUCAGUUGCCUUUACCCAAGCCAAUUCUAAUAAUAAAACAGUUUUGCCAGUUCCUUUUACACUUUAUUAUGAAUCACUGUGCCCUUAUUCAGAACGGUUUAUUUUAAAUCAACUGGUUCCUACUUACGAUGACAAGGACUUCGCAGGACUUUUAGCAAACAUGGAUUUGGUUCCUUAUGGCCACGUUUACGAUCCUGACUUUUCCAAGUAUAAAUAUACAUGCCAGCAUGGAGUCCCUGAAUGUGAAGGAAAUAAACUUCAUGGUUGUGCUAUAAAAUAUAUUGAAGAUAAAAGUACAUUGCUCCAUUAUUUUUCCUGCCUAAUAAACAUAACACAAAGUGUACCAAUUUUGUCUUAUCCAGUCAAUGAGUGUAAGAACAUAGUUCCUGAUGACAAAAUGCUACAAAUUUCUAAAUGUUACAAUUCAACUGAAGGAUGGGACUUGUUUAAUAAACACGGAGAAGCAACUAAAAACUUUUUUGGUUCAAACCGUUUUUAUGUCCCAUAUGUUUCUUUUAAUCGUACAAAGAAUGAAAAUAUUUCAGUAAUUGGAAGAAAAAACUUCAAAAAGGCGCUUUGUAUUGAGAAUGGUGUGAAACAUACUACUUGUAGUUAA